AUGGUGUCUCUCUCUCUGUUGGAUAGUUUUAGAUCGGCAAGUUUGAGCGAGGCCUACGUAACGAUACUUGAUUCUUCUUCUUCUUCUUCCUUUUGCUCGGCCUCCUUUCCGGAAUCCAGUGGCGUUUACUGACGUGUAUCGAGUGGUGUCCGUUAAUGCGAGUCCUGAUUUUUUCGCACUUGUAUGUCGCAGUCGAGGAGGAAGACCAGGGAGCCAAAGGAGGAGAAUGUGACGCUCGGACCGGCUGUGCGCGACGGGGAGCACGUAUUCGGUGUCGCACACGUCUUCGCCUCAUUCAACGAUACCUUCAUUGUUAGAUUCUACUCAUCUGCCUCUGUCUGUGUUUCAGUUCUAGACGCCGUUGAUGUUUUUAGAUCCGUGUUGACUGGCAUGGUUUCCUACCUUGCAGCACGUCACUGAUUUGUCCGGAAGGGAAACUCUCGUGCGUAUCACCGGUAUGUACCGUAGUCAUCCUAUGUUUAUUAAUUGUUCAUCAUUCCAUGCGCAGAUUCGUUUAAUAGCAGAUGGAUAACACCUUUCGUCUGAUGGAAUUUAACGUGGUUAAGGAAAGAAUUAAAGUUGAAUAAAGUGACUCGCCCAUUUUAUGUUAGAGAUCCGUACUUGAUUUGGGGGCUUUAUCUUCUUUCGACAGAGUGAUGAUUUGGAAAAAUACUUUAAGAUGCUUCUCUAAGCAUGAAUUUGUGAUUGGGGCUACUGUCCCUGUACGUUUGGCCAAUGAAUUUCACAAUGGGAUUAGGGAAUAUUCAACGAGGUAACUUAGGUUUUUUGUACUGGUAUUUUAUUUGAAGGAGCGGGCGUGUUUUGAAAGAUUUGUUGCGUUCCUGAAGGAGAACGUCUGGACUUUUCGCAUUGUCCGUGCCAACUAUAAAUUUUACCUUUCGGCGAUGUAUAACAAGGACGUCUGGAUUCAUUUGAUUGCCAUAGUUUUACACAUUUCCCAUGCAUUCUGCUGCGCUUGCAUUUGUCUUCAUUUAUUUUGCAAUUUACUAUGGAAAAUAUAAGAAUGGAAAAGCUUUCUUCCCUAGGGAUUUCAUCUAGAAAUAGAGAGCUGGACCUGUUGUUUUCCUGUGCCAGAUGGUCCAAAAAAUCUGAGUCAAUGAUGUGUUGCCUGUCCAUCCUUCGGUGGAAAUAUGAUCUUCCAUAUUUCCUGAGUUUUCGAUGAUUCGUGAAUCUUUAAGGUUGGAACCAUUGAAUGUUGUAGUUUCGCACCUUCAUAAAUUCUACCCGGUCAGAUCUCAGGAAACGGAUCCACCAUUGAUGUGAUUCUUCUUCGGCUCUACUCGUAAUGCUAGUUGGUUGCAACGUUUCAAGUUACCAUUUUUCUUUAUUUUCUUACAAGUAUUCUUCACACUGAAGUACCCAGAAGACCACGACCGUCUCCGAAAUAAACGACGAUCCUUGUGUUGACUUCGAUUUUCCUUUCCAUUUCCUCGUGCAGGUGGGAUGAAGGUCAAAGCCGACAGAGAUGAAUCCUCUCCCUAUGCAGCCAUGCUUGCCGCCCAGGAUGUCGCCCAGCGAUGCAAGGUUUGGCCUUCCCUCUCCUAGUCUACUACACUUAGCGUGCUCUAAUGGGGUGCCGAGCCGAUUUCUGCUGGCCCUCCUACUUCCUUCCCUUCAUCUGCUGCUCAGUGGGUCUUAUUAUUGCAGGAGCUUGGCAUCACAGCACUACACAUCAAGCUCCGUGCGACAGGCGGAAACAAGACCAAGACUCCAGGCCCCGGUGCCCAGUCUGCCCUCAGGGCCCUCGCCCGUUCGGGGAUGAAAAUUGGCCGAAUCGGUAAUUUAAUCACCCGCUUCUUCAGCUUACCUGAUAAUUUUUUUUUUCUAUAAUCGUACUAUAAAUAAACGUUGACUUCUCUUGCUCUCUCUCCUGAUUCGAGCCAUCGUUGUGCUCGUGCGCUGACUUUGCUUCACCUCUCUGACUAACAAAAACUCGGCUGCAGAGGAUGUGACUCCGAUCCCCACGGACAGCACCCGCCGGAAGGGAGGGAGAAGGGGAAGGAGGCUGUAG